GUCCCCCAAAUGGCUUCUGUUAGCUUCGAUAACUUAUUCUCGAUACCAUUGUUGGUUUAUUAACCCUUUCAGUUUAUGUAAUACUGAAGCGGCACCACUGAAUCAGGAAAGUCUUUAUAAACUGUCCAUUUUAUAGCGUUUGGCAAUGUUUCGUAGUAGUACAGAAGAGAUUGCAACUAGUGAUACCUCUGACAGUGGAAAUACUUCUGAGGUAUCUCCAUUAGAAAGAAGCCUUGGCAAUGGAACUACCUCUCGUAAUCCAGUAUCAGCUUCCCCUGCUUCGUCCUCUCAAAGUUUGGAAGAAGGAAGUUCUCACUCUAGCACCGGUCCAUCACCUCCUCGCCCCUCCAUAGGUCGAUUCCCCUCGAGUCUUCAGUUAGGAAGAACCAUUUCACCCCACAUUGCUCAUACCUCGGACAGCUCCUCCCUUGGAGGAACACCGAGCCUCAGGAAGACCCCGGGUUCUGCUCGGGUCACACACCCUGCACGGACGCCGUUGACGGAUACUGCUGCAAGUUGCUCCUCUUCUACCACAGCUUCUGGUGCAACUGUGAUUGUAGCCCUGGUUGAAGGGCGCGGUUUGGCCAGGGGGGAGAUUGGAAUGGCCAGUCUUAACGUGAAAUAUCCAGAACUUGUACUCUCUCAGUUUGCGGACACUGGAACAUAUGCUAAGGUCAUAACCAAGGUUCAUAUCUUGUUACCGAUGGAAAUACUGAUGCCAGACACUGCUUGUGAUAAGGGAAAAGGGACAAAACUCUUUAACCUUAUCACAGAGAACUUCCAGGGUGCUGCUUUCACCGCAAUCCAAAGGAAAUAUUUCAAUGAAAAGAAAGGACUGGAGUACAUCCAGCAGCUCUGUGCUCCAGAAUUUAGCACUGUCCUGAUGGAAGUUCAAGCUAAAUAUUAUUGCCUAGCGGCUGCGGCUGCUUUACUGAAAUACUUGGAGUUCAUUCAGAACUCUGUGUAUGCUGCCAAGUCACUCAAAGUGAGCUUUAAAGGAAGCGAACAGACAGCUAUGAUCGACUCGGCGUCUGCCAGUAACAUGGAGCUUGUAAUCAACAACAGAAACCACAGGAGCGACCAUACCCUUCUAGGCGUCCUCAACUACACAAAAACUCCCGGCGGCGCCAGAAGGUUACGCUCCAAUAUUCUGGAGCCUCUGAUAGAUGUGGAUACCAUCGACAUACGCUUGGACGCCAUACAAGAAAUGCUACAGAAUGAGGAGCUGUUCUUUGGAUUGAAGAAUGCUAUAGGUCACUUCCUUGACAUUGACCAGCUGCUCUCUGUCCUGGUCCAGGUCCCAAAACAGCAGACAGUUCAGGUUGCUGAAGCGAAGAUUACACAUGUCAUUCAGCUGAAACACACUUUGGAUUUGGUGCCACAGUUGAGGGUGGUGUUAAAGAACUGCAACACAUCUCUUCUUAAAGCAUACAGCAUUUCACUAGAGGACGACAGAUUUGACAUGAUCUCGAAGCAGAUCCUCACCGUCAUUAAUGACGAAAUCACCUACCUGAAGGGGAACUUUAACAUGCGCACGCAGAAGUGCUAUGCCGUGCGACCCAACAUCAACGAGUUCCUGGACAUUGCCCGACGAGCUUAUACAGAAAUAGUGGACGACAUUUCAGUACUAGUAAACCAGAUGGCGGAAAAAUAUGCCUUUCCCAUGCGCACAAGCUUCAGCACCGCUCGAGGGUUCUUCAUCCAGAUGAAACUGAACGGAAUAUUGCUACCUGAGGGAAAGCUUCCUCCCGAGUUCAUCAAGGUCGUCAAACACAAGAACAACGUUGGCUUUACCACCGCAGAUCUGGUGAAGUUGAACGACCGCUGCGAUGAAGCCCUGAGGGAGAUCGUUCACAUGUCCUACGUGGUGGUAUGUCAACUGCUCAGCACUAUCCGUGAACACAUUCAUUGCCUCUACAAACUCUCUGAUGCUGUAUCAAUGCUGGAUAUGCUGCUGUCCCUGGCAAACGCAUGCACCCUCUCCGACUAUGUGCGACCAGAGUUCACGGACACGUUAGCCAUCAAACAGGGUCGUCAUCCCAUCCUGGAGCGAAUGCCCGGACAGCAGCUUGUGUCCAACAACUGUUACAUCGCCGAGGGCAGCAACUUUGUCAUCAUCACAGGGCCCAACAUGAGCGGGAAAUCCACAUAUCUCAAACAGGUGGCACUGUGUCAGAUCAUGGCUCAAAUAGGUUCUUUCGUCCCCGCUGAGUAUGCUUCUUUCCGUGUAGCUGAUCAGAUUUUCACCAGAAUUGGCAUCGAUGAUGAUUUCGAAACAAACUCUUCCACAUUUAUGAUGGAAAUGAAGGAGGUGUCAUACAUAAUCCACAAUGUCAGCGAGCGGUCCCUCAUCAUCAUCGAUGAGCUGGGACGGGGCACCAGUGCUGAAGAAGGCAUUGGACUAUGUCACUCCGUUUGUGAGUUUCUCCUCGGCAUCAAGGCCUUCACGCUAUUUGCCACGCACUACCUUGAGCUUUGCCAACUAGCAUCUCUGUAUCCCUGUGUGGACAAUCAGCACAUGAAGGUUCAACACACACGCACUCAUGAUACUGGCACUGAGACAAUAGUGUACACACACCUACUGAGUCAAGGAUUCUCUGAAGAAAAACAUUACGGCCUCAGAGCGGCAGAAUUGACCUCACUUCCUUCGAGCAUAAUCCAGGAAGCAAAGACAAUCGCUUCUAAAGUCACCAAGCAGCUUUUGGCCAAGCGUAAGCGUGAUCCAGAAACAGAGAGGCAGCGCGCUUUACACUGUUUGGGCACCCGCCUGCUGCAGGCUGCCAGAAACUCCAGACUUGACCCGAACAGCCUACGCAUGUAUCUGAAAUGGCUAAGGACGCAGUACGAGACAGAGCUGGAGGCUACAAGGCUGCCGGCAACCUCUGACACCUAAAAGAGGAAUCCAAUCUUAAAGAGGAAUGGCUGUCCCAGAUGCACAUUAAGUGACAAAGUAAAUUAAUUUAGACAAUAAUUUGCAUUUUAUGUUCCACAAAUGCAUUAAAAAAUCCAAAGCACAGAGAAAUUUCCAAAUUCUGAAAUAUUGUUACACAGAAAGACAAGAAGAAAGAAAAUCAAAUGUAAGUAUUCUUUUAUAUAUCUAUUUGGAUCUAUUACAUGUACUAUUGUUGUUGCAGUUUAUAUAAUUUGGUACACUUUAUUUGUAUUUUUUUUCAUCGUCCA